AUGGGUCUCCUCACCCUCAUCGAGGACAGGCCAACGCCAAAGGCCGUGUACAACUGGCGCGUCUACACAGCUGCCUGCGUCGCGUCAUGGGCCUCGUGCAUGAUUGGUUAUGACUCGGCCUUUAUCGGUACUACGCUGGCGCUGCCGUCCUUCAUCAAGGAAUUCCGCUUUGCAGAGAUGAGUCAGUCGCACCUCAACACUACAAAGGCGAACAUUGUGUCUGUUUACCAGGCCGGGGCCUUUUUCGGUGCCUUUGGCGCAUAUGUGUCGAGUUACUAUGUCGGGAGGAGGAAGUCGCUGAUUCUUUGGGUCUUGAUUUUUAUCCUCGGUGCCGGCCUCAUGCUUGGUGCCAACGGUGAGCGAGGUCUAGGCUUGAUUAUCGGCGGCCGUGUACUCGCUGGUCUGGGGGUUGGCGGCUGCAGUAACAUGGUUCCAAUUUACAUUUCAGAACUGUCCCCUCCGGCCGUGCGUGGACGCUUGGUCGGCAUUUACGAGCUGGGAUGGCAGGUUGGUGGACUGGUUGGCUUUUGGAUCAACUACGGACUCCAAGAGACCAUGGCACCGUCCCAUAAGCAGUGGCUUAUCCCAUUCGCCGUUCAGCUGAUCCCCGCCGGAUGCCUGCUCAUCGGCGCCCUCUGGAUGCCCGAAUCACCGCGAUGGUGCUUGACCAAGGGCAAGCGCGAGCAGGGACUGAAAGACCUGUGCUGGAUCCGGAAUCUCGCCGAGGACCACCCGUACAUUGUGGAAGAGGUCGAGGCCAUCGACGCGCAGAUUGAGCACGACCGCAUCACCGUCGGUCCUGGCUUCUGGAAACAGUUUCUCGCUCUCAAGCAACGCAAGGUGCUCUACCGCAUCUCGCUCGGUGGUAUCCUGUUUCUCUGGCAGAACGGCUCGGGCAUCAACGCCAUCAACUACUACUCGCCAACCGUAUUCAAGAGUCUAGGUGUCACCGAGGGCUUUCUCACCACGGGCAUCUUCGGCGUCGUCAAGACGGUUAUGACGUUUGUCUGGCUCCUCUGGAUGAUUGACCACCUGGGCCGCACCAAGCUGCUCAUGAUCGGCGCCCUGGGCGGCUCCCUCUGCCUGUGGUACAUUGCAGCCUACAUCAAGAUUGCGGAUCCUGCCAAUCACAAAUCCGCAAACGGCGACCUCUCGCCCGGCGGCAUCAGCGCAAUCUUCUUCUUCUACCUCUGGACCGCCUUCUACACGCCCUCGUGGAACGGCACGCCCUGGGUCAUCAACUCGGAAAUGUACAGCCAGCAGACGCGCUCGCUGGGCCAGGCUUUCGCCGCCGCGAACAACUGGUUCUGGAACUUCAUCAUCUCGCGCUUUACCCCGCAAAUGUUCAGCACAAUGGGAUAUGGCGUGUACAUGUUUUUCGCCUCGCUCAUGCUGCUUUCGAUUCCCUUUGUAUUCUUCUUGAUCCCAGAGACAAAGGGCAUUCCGCUCGAGCGCAUGGAUGACUUGUUUAACAUUAAGCCUGCGUUCAAGGCGCAUGGCAUCCUGGUGGAGGAAUUGAGAGAGAGUCGAGAUGAGACUAUGGCAGUGCGGGACGAGAAGGCCAUGGCAGCUGGACAAGUCGAGGUAGUGUAG